GUGGUAGCCCGGACGGGUAGUGUACUUGUGAAUGUUGGUGACAGACAACCUAUAAACCUAUGUUUCCUAUGGACUCAUUCACUUUCGGUGAAUUAAAUUUCACCUAAUUUUGAAUUUGCUUUCUAAGUAAAACGUUUUAAAAUUUUUAUUUUUUUUUGUUUUCAAGUGAUGUUAAUUAAUACAAUGAGAGUACACACCCUUUUUGCACUUUUUAUCCACGUUACCCACUUUUCAUUUUGUACAAGUGUUAAAAUUAAUUUCCGAGAAAAAGAAAAAGAAGUACUGGAUCAGAUCCUAGGACCGGGCCGAUAUGAUGCGAGAAUACGACCAUCGGGUGUAAACGGCACAGUAGGACAGACGGACGGGCCGACCAUAGUAAACAUCAACUUCUUUCUACGUUCUAUCAGCAAAAUAGAUGAUUAUAAAAUGGAAUACAGUGUACAGCUUACUUUUCGAGAGCAAUGGUUGGACGAACGGCUGAAAUUUAACGAUUUCGGAGGGAGAUUAAAGUAUUUAACGCUCACCGAGGCAAACAGAGUCUGGAUGCCGGAUCUGUUUUUCUCGAAUGAAAAAGAGGGCCAUUUUCACAAUAUCAUCAUGCCAAACGUCUACAUUCGCAUAUUUCCUACAGGAUCAGUAUUAUAUAGUAUAAGGAUUUCGCUCACUCUGUCGUGUCCAAUGAACCUGAAAUUGUAUCCGCUGGAUCGACAAAUAUGUUCCUUACGAAUGGCCAGUUAUGGUUGGACAACCGAUGAUCUAGUAUUCUUAUGGAAACAAGGAGACCCAGUUCAAGUAGUUAAGAAUUUACACCUUCCAAGGUUUACACUAGAAAAAUUUUUGACUGACUAUUGUAACAGUAAAACAAAUACAGGUGAAUAUAGUUGUUUAAAAGUAGACCUACUAUUCAAGCGAGAGUUCAGUUACUAUCUAAUCCAGAUAUACAUACCCUGUUGUAUGUUAGUAAUAGUAUCUUGGGUAUCCUUCUGGCUGGACCAAGGGGCUGUACCAGCUCGUGUAUCCUUAGGUGUUACAACCCUAUUGACCAUGGCCACCCAAACAUCGGGGAUCAACGCUUCUUUGCCACCGGUAUCUUACACCAAAGCCAUUGACGUCUGGACAGGAGUUUGCCUAACUUUCGUAUUUGGAGCACUGUUAGAAUUUGCACUUGUAAACUACGCUUCCCGAUCGGACAUGCACCGAGAAAACAUGAAAAAACAAAGGAGACAAUGUGAACUGGAGCAUGCUGCUUCUUUGGACGCUACCUCAGAUUUAAUCGACACUGAAAGCAAUGCUACAUUUGCCAUGAAACCUCUAGUACGACAUCCUGGCGAUCCGAUGAGCUUAGACAAAGUCCGCCAAUGCGAAAUUCACAUGCAACCUACACGCCCAAAUUGCUGUAAAUCGUGGUUGUCGAAGUUUCCUACAAGAUCAAAGCGCAUCGACGUGAUCUCGAGAAUAACAUUUCCAUUAGUUUUCGCAUUGUUCAAUGUUAUAUAUUGGUCUACUUACCUUUUCCGUGAAGAGGCCGAAGAGUCCUAAAUCACCAUUGCAAACAUUUAUUGUGAUUUUUCAUAAGUGUAAAUAUAUUAGUUACGAGGAGCGGUUUGUUCUUUUCAACGACCCAAUAAAGUCUUUGUUAAUAUAUAAUGAAUAAAUCUGUACAUAUACCAAUUAUUUAGUAUUACUUAAACUAAUUUAUUAACCCUGGAGAGAAUAAAU